AAUGCGGAAGUAACCUAUUCAUACAGGGAUCUCUCCGCGACCUGACUCGUGUCUAUGGAGGUUGUUGAAUUCCUGCCCAUGAUGAAUGUUUUGGACAGCGCGGUGAAUUGAAACUGUGGACAGCUAACUCUCAAGGUGAAGAGACGCAGCCGAAGAGAGUGUUCUUUUUUCCGAGGAUGUUUUUCAAAGAGUGGGAGGGUGUGUGUGCGCUGUUGUAGAGUAUGGAGCUGAGGGAGAGGACGAAGGAGCGCGAGGAUGGAUACGGAUACAUCAUCGAGCCACUCAUGCCUGCACUGGCGAACAUGCCCAGUCAGAUGUCGUACGACUACGUCCUGGUGGCGGAGAAGGAGGAGGACAGCCAAGACACCACCUACAAGAAGCAGAAGGCCUUCAUUGAGGCCCUCAAGAAGAAAAACAUGAAGAUCGCUGAGAUUGAGAUGGAUGAGAAGGUGUUCUAUGGCGUGCUGGCACCCAAUGAGGUGUUUGAGAAAUACAAGUAUUUAUUGAAGGUCUCUGACGCAUGCAACUGGAGUGGCGAAACGAAGGAUACUGUGCCCAAAUCUACCAGGAUCAGGAUAGUUCACUUUGUGCUUCACCAUACCUUCCUCAACACUGGGGAGGACCUGCAUGAGCUUCAGAAGAAGGGUGUGUUUGAGUGCAUCUUUACUCUGCACGAGAGGAGGCAGCAGAAGGUGUUGAGGCGUAAAUGGGCUCGCUGGACGGCCCUCUUCACCUGGCAACCUUUCAACGACAUCAGGGUGUAUUUCGGUGAGAAGGUGGCGCUGUACUACCUGUGGCUGGGCUGGUACACCCUCCUCCUGUUGCCCGCAGCCAUCGUCGGCGUCAUCAUCUUCCUCUACGGCCUGGCAUUCUUCAAGACCAGCCCCCUUAUCCAAGAGGUGUGUAACUCGAGCAUCAUCAUGUGCCCUCGAUGCGACAAGAGGUGUGAGGUGUGGAAACUGGCAGACACCUGUUCAUACGCUAAGGUCAGCCAUCUAUUUGACAACGAGGGGACCGUGGCGUUUGCCAUGUUUAUGGCUAUAUGGGCCACUAUGUUCCUGGAGCUUUGGAAGAGACACAGGGCAAAUUACGUCUCUAAAUGGAAGGUGUUUGACUGGUGCGAAGAGGAGGAGGAGCUGAUCAUGGAGGUGGUGAAUGACCCUGAGAGUUCCCCCAAAGAGUUCAGACACUCCUAUCUACGCAGCGCAUUAGUGCUGGGGCUCUCUACACUCGUGCUGGUGCUGAUCAUAGGCGUGACCCAUGCGCUGGUGAUGAUUCGUCUGGUGUCUCGCGUCCUAUUGGCCGACCAGGACGAGUCAAAGUUCUUUAAGGACCACGCCAAUACCGCAGCUGUGCUGAUAGGAUCAACACUACACUAUGUCACCAUGCAAGUCAUGACACGGGUCAACAGAGUCGUGGCCUUCAAGCUCUGUGAGAUUGAGAAGUGUCGUUCGUUUGCAGCUACGGAGAGGAGUUUCACAGUGAAGAUGUUCACCUUCCAGUUCUUCACCCUCUUCUCCUCCCUCAUAUACGUCGCAUUCUUCCUCGGCAGGAUUAAUGGGCAUCCCGGCAACUAUGUCAGACUGGCAGGAAAAUGGAGACUAGAGGAGUGCCACCCCAGUGGUUGUCUGACGGACCUCUUCAUCCAGAUGGCUGUCAUCCUGCUUCUCAAACAGACACUCAACAACAUCUUCGAGUUCACAAUCCCCUGGUUCAAGCGCUGCUUCAGACGGACGACAGCUAAGAAGCUGCAGCGUCGCUGUGGCAACUGCUACCGGAAGGCCUGUCGCCAGGAGGACGGCAAGGUGGAGCCAUGUGACACCUGCAAGCUCCGUGAUUGGAUAAAGAACUACCACUUGGACCCAGUCAACUCCUUCAGCCUGUUCAAUGAGUACCUGGAAAUGGUCAUGCAGUUCAGCUUCACCACCAUCUUCGUGGCUGCGUUUCCUCUGGCUCCCCUGCUCGCCCUCAUCAACAACCUGUUUGAGAUCCGCCUGGACGCCAUCAAGAUGGUCAGCCUAGAGCGCCGCCUGGUGCCCAAGAAGACCAAUGACAUCGGUAUAUGGACUAAAGUGUUGGAGGCCAUUGGUGUCAUGGCUGUGAUUGCUAACGGCCUGGUGAUCGGCAUCUCGUCUGACUUCAUCCCUCGUCUGGUCUACCGCUAUCACUACGGGCCCUGUGCCAACGGCACUGUGACUGAUGUGGAUUGCAUGACGGGUUACAUCAAUGACACCUUGACCACCGCCUACCUGUCCGACCUCCGAGUGCAGAGCGACUUUUUGCCUCAGCAGAUGAUGCUGGACGGACAGAACUACACCCAGUGCAGUUAUAAAGACUACCGCAACAGUGAGGACUACUCCCUCACCUCCCAGUACUGGUUCAUCCUGGCCAUACGCUUCGCCUUCGUCAUACUGUUCGAGCAUGUGGUGGUGCUGUGUAAGUUCAUCGCUGCCUGGUUCGUGCCUGACAGCCCCAUGAGGGUGAAGAACCGCAGACUGCAGGACAAACUCAAGAGACUCAAGGAGGAGCUCAGGUUUAUGAACUACAAGCGCGACACACAGGUUUGAUGACGUCACGAGGGCCUCGGCCAAUCAGGGAAAGAUAAACUGUACUCACAUGACGACACACCUGUGACUUGAUGUGU